AUGACUGGGCACUAUGCAGUGCAUUUCUAUACCCUGUAUUUGAUAACCAGUUAACUGUCCCCACAGUCGUUUUGAACUUGCCUCCACUCUCUUCCUGUUUGACCGACGUUGCUCUCUCUCGCGUUGGAUCCGGACCGUGUGUGGCAACUUUAAUACAGUCGCUUGCCUGAGCCAUUUGCAUUGAUACGGGAAACACAUCUGCAACCUACCGAGUGUGUUGAAAACGCAAGUGGCAACUUAACUUGCGCAGUGUUGUCAGCCAGCUGGAGCGUGGCCGUUUCUCGUUAGGUCUAAUUUAAUCACCGUUGUUUAUACUUGAAUACAUCCACUGAUUGCUUAUUAUCCUUGCAUUGUCCUUGCAUUAUACUGCCCCCAUCCCGCCUGACAAGUUGCCAACCGUUUUAAAGGUGUACCAGCGCGUCAAAACGCCGCCAUGCCGCGACUGUUGCAGCCUGCAGCUGCUGCAGCUAUAUCGUGACUGGCCGCUGUAUCCGGCUUAAAACCGAAUCCUUUGCAACGCGCCGAGCGCGCGCGCUUCAUUCCCCCAUGGAUUUAGAUCCGGAUAUCCCGAAUGCGCCAGCCUAGCAGCCGGAUGACAUGUGAGUUAAUCAACGUUUCCACUGCUGCGCCGUUGUGCCGGCGUUGAAGCGCCGCUGCUGCCGCACAUUCCUCGGUUGUUGUUGUUGUUGGAUGGCCAGCGGUGCCGCGGUCAUGCAUGAGCCACAGUUCGCGGUGCUGUGCCAGUGCAGUCCAGCGGCCUGGAAGCAGAAGUAUCUGCGCCUGCCCAAUCUGCGCACCUGCUGCGGUCUGCUGUUGUUCGGCGGGCUGCUCCUCUUGUCGCCCUUGUUGUUUACGGGCAAGCUGAGCACGGUGCCAAGUUUCCUCCCUGCUCACAUCCGCAUUAGUCCCACUGGACUGAUGGCACCGGUCAAACUUUUACAGCAACUGUCGCAGGGAAAAGUCUAUCCCAUCCAGCCCAACGUCUGCCCGAAAAACGGCAAGCAUCCCUAUCUCGUGAUUUUCGUUCCUUCCCGACCCGGUUAUGCGGAUGAGCGGGCUGCCGUGCGGGAGACCUGGGGUUUACACGGCCGAUUAUGUGAUGUGCGGAUUGUGUUUGGCUUCGGGACGUUCGGCUCGGCGGAGGUGCAGCACGAAGCCCUGAUCGAGAACAGUGUCUACGGUGAUCUGCUGCAGACCGGGAAUGUCGUGGAUGGCUACCAUAAUCAGACUCAGCUGAUAUUAUCCUUCUUCGAAUGGGCGGCUGUCAACUGCCACGGCGCACAAUUCAUUGCCAAAGCUGAUGAGGAUACCUGGAUUAAUGUGCAGGGUGUGUUGCGGUAUUUGCACAUGCCGGAAGCGGCGCAAGCGAUUACUGGUCAUUUUCUGUGGAACGAAGUGGCCAAGCGCUUGCCUGAGCAGAAAUGGUUCGUAACUCUCGACGAGUACCCCAACACCACCUACCCGCCCUUCGCCGUGGGUCAGUUAUACGUCUUUCCCAACCGUUUCCUCCCCGCCAUCCUCGACGUGUCGCAGCGCAUCCGCAUCCACUGGUUGGAUGAUGUGUACAUUGCCGGCCAGAUCCCCGAUGCCCUGCACUUACCGCUGUUGCACGUCAAAGAGCGGGCUCAUCUCUGGGAGAUCGACGGCCUGGACUGUAUCGGGCGGGAUUUUUACAUUAUCCAUGCCACGCCGGCCAACGUUAAGCGGAAGAUCUUCUAUGAUUCCUGUAUGCAGCAGUACCGGCAGUCCAGUUGUCCGUACGCGGAGACGACGACGACGACCACGACGCUGGCGACACUGUCGACAUCACGCCGCACCGUACUAGCUCGCAAUCGGUCGGCGGUGGUGGAGCUGUUCGAUGGGAAACUGCUUCUGCCCGGGAAAACACUUGCCGGGUCGGUGACGGUCUAGUGGGAGAGCAGGACAAGUGGGUACUUGUCGGUUGUGUGUGGGAGACAGUGAAAACGAGACUAGUGUAUUUUUAAGUGCCUUGUUGUGCUCGCCAAAGAGCGUUUGUAUAGUUUUAAUUUAUACGUUGCAUUGGGCUGGUUUUUAUUGGUUCUCAACUGUUUCAUUGGUUUGUCAGUCGUUUCUUUUGGUUCCUGUUGUUAGCCGGGUUGGCUACUUCAAAAGAGUAUUUUAAAUGGAAAAAAUGGACUGAAGGGUACACAAGAUCA